AUGUCGAUACACCCGUCGCGCCAGGCCUAUGUCGAGGAGGACCCCGAGGAUGCAGACAUGACCUAUGAUCUCGCCAGUGUCCCCCUCGAUACCGACUAUUACAUGCCCUCGGCCGCUGGAGGUCCUUCAGAAAAAGCUGCAGAUGUCAUCGCACAAUUCAACCGCAAGCGAAAAGCAAACGCCAUUGCUGUCCCUACCGACGAUGUCCGAGUCCGCGCGAGGUUACGAGAGAUUGGAGAGCCCAUCACACUAUUUGGAGAGCGUCCGGAAGACCGCAGAGACCGUCUACGCGAGUUGAUGUACGCCAAACAAGAAGCUACCGGAGAAGAUGUCGCCAUGGAUGAGGCUGCCGAGGAUGAAGCAGACGAGGAGGAGCAAGAAUUCUACACAGAAGGUGUCGAUGAGCUGCUUGAGGCCCGCAAGGAAAUCGCACGCUUCUCCCUACCCAGAACACAACAGCGCGUCCACUUUCAACGACUCGAAUCCGCCAUCCCAUUACAACGACAUGUCGACCACCGCAACUACGUAAAGGACAAAUUAUCAGGCUUCGAGCUGUUCGGUUCACAGAUUGCUGGAGAGCGACCCGUCAGCAUGGCCCGCUUUUCUCCCAACGGAAAGAUGAUUGCUGCAGGAAACUGGGGAGGUUCAAUCAAGUUGCUGGACGUGCCGAAUCUAGAAGAGAAGGGCGUGUUCCGUGGUCAUACUGCACAGGUCAGUGGUAUCUCAUGGUUCCCUGGCGCCACUCUUGAUGGUACAACAGUGUCAGAAGGCAGCUUGAACAUGGCUUCAGGUGGUGGAGAGGGCAACAUUCAUCUCUGGUCGCUCAAUCAAGACACUCCACUUUCGACCUUGUCAGGUCAUUCUGGCAGAGUGUGCCGUACCGAGUUCCACCCUUCAGGCAAAUACCUCGCUUCUGCAUCAUACGACACAACUUGGAGACUUUGGGAUGUUGAGACAACCACCGAGUUGCUACUCCAAGAGGGCCACUCACACGAGGCCUACACCGUCGCAUUCAACACGGAUGGUUCUCUUCUUGCCAGUGCUGGUCUGGACAGUAUUGCUUGCUUGUGGGACUUGCGCAGCGGUCGUCGUGUUCUCUAUCUUGAGAGUCAUAUUGCUCCCAUUUACGGUCUUGAUUGGAGUCCUGAUGGUUAUCGCGUCAUGACUGGUUCUGGAGAUGGUUUCGCAAAGUGCUGGGACAUUCGUGCCAUGAAGGAGACUGCUUCAAUAGGUGCUCACAAGGGUGGUGUCACUGACCUUCGUUGGUUCAAGGGCACCGACGGUCCUCUGAGUGGUAAAUCUCUCGACAAGCAAAGUGACUCUGCAGAGUACAUCCCCAAGAAGAGCGGUACCUUCUUCGUCAGUUCAGGUUUCGACAGAAACGUCAAGAUCUUCUCUGCCGACGACUGGUCACUAUGCAAAAGUCUGAGUGGUCAUUCAGGUCAUGUGCUUUCCACAGACAUCACCAGCGAUGCCAAAUGGAUUGUCAGUUCAAGCUACGACCGCACGGUCAAGCUGUGGGCAAGAGACGACAUGCAGGGAUUGUACGACGAUGAUCAAACACCGACCGGCAUGGAUACGAGUACGUAG